GAAGUGUUGCCAAAAUUUUCACUGUGCUUGUGCAACUGAUUUCUGCAUUACGUUUUUUACUUCGAAACUUGUUCUGCACUACCGAAAUCAAGCAACUUAUGAACUUUGGUGAUUCUGAUACUAGUGACGAGUUUUAUUCUCCUCUCACCCUUUCUGAUUUAGACUUAAGUCUUCUUAAGGAGGUUAGGGUUAGGAGUGAGAGUGAAAUUGAGCAUGAGUUAAAGUGUUUUAAAGAUCUUGACUUCAUUCCCCCCCUACUCCGUGCAGUGAAAGUUACAAAACUGAAGAGAUGUCUUCUGAGGAAACAUUGAGCGUUGGGGGGAGCGAGGAAGUGAGGGCGUUGGAGUAUGGUGAUGGGGGCAUGGAGAGUGGGCUAUCCAGGUCAGAUAGAACUAAGGACGAGGUGGGUGUUAGGGAAAUGGUUGAGGGUGAGGGAGAAGAAAUACCCUCGAAUAUUUUGGAAAUUGAGGGUGGGGGUGAUAGGUGUUAUGAUGUAGAGGCAAACAUUGUCUCUGAAGUGAAAGGGAAAGGGCUUGCUCAGCAUCCUGAGACCAUUGGAUGCCUAUUAAGGGUGAUAAUUGGGUUUGUGGUGUCCUACCGAGCUAGGGGUGUCAGGGUGCCCACUAUGAAUAUGUUUAACCAUUUUUUUGUACUCAAGAAGGCUAAGAAAGCCAACCAAAAUAAGUAUAGCUUAAAUAGUGAUGAGGAGGAAAAGAUGGAGAAGUUGGUGAGGGAGGGAGGUGAAAUCUUGAAUAUCAUGUACUUCACCAGCUCGGAUGUCAUAGAGGCUGCUGAGCUCUAUGGGCCAAGCUCAUUGAGUGAAGUUGAGAUGGAUAAAUUUUUAAGUUCUACUAAAAGGAUAGCCGUUCCUAAGAAGUUGAGGAAGAAGUCAAAGACUUCUGAGACUACUGCAAAUGGAAAAGGAGAUGGGAACAAGGAGAAAGAGCAGAUAUCAAUUACAUCAGUCCAAGCUGUGGAUGUUGAUGAGCCGAGGCUGGGUCCCCAACAAAAAAGAAGUGAAGAAGUGGAUCCAGCUUAGAAGAAGAAGAAGAAGAAAGUGGCAGAGGAGGAGAUUAGGGGGGACGAGGUAGUGGAGUUUGUACCUCGGCCACUUCUUGUUAAGCUUGAUCCCGAGCUCAAAGAGAUUGGGGUUACAGCCCAUGGCAAGGGUAAAGCUCUUGUUCCUACUCCUUCCCUCUAGAGCAGCACUUUUGU